CCCCUCCCUAGCUACCUCCAUUUCUCUUCCUUUCCUUUCUUUUCUUCCCAUUUUGGAUUCCCUUCAAUUCUCUCUCUCUCUUCCCAAAAAAAAACUUUCAUGAAGAAGAAUAAUGGGAAGGAAACACAUGAUUUCAUGAACGUGGAAUCCUUCUCUCAGCUUCCCUUCAUCCGCCUUUCCCCCAUUAAAGAAAAGGGUAUCCGUUUGUUCGGAAAGGAAUUCGGAGGCCGCGACUGUGUUGACUCGGCCACCGUCAACGAUUCAGAGCCAGACUCAGCUCACAACAACAAAGACACGACCAAGGAAAACGAGAAUGAAGACGAUAACAAUAGUAUCAGCAGAAGAUUUGAGUGUCACUAUUGUUGCAGAAACUUCCCCACUUCCCAAGCUUUAGGCGGUCACCAAAACGCUCACAAAAGGGAACGCCAACACGCGAAACGACAUCACCUAACCCUGCAACACAGUUCUUCACCUCAUGAUGCUCAUAAUAUUUAUGGGUUCUUCAACUAUAAGCCAGCCUCAGCUCGGACACCGACAAUGUCGACUUACCCUUCGUGGAACAAUAGUAUUAAUAGCAGCAACGGUAGGUUUUAUGGGAACCAAAGCUCGUUUUCUCAGCCACCGCUCAUCAAUGGCAGCCCACUGGGGUUAUGGAGAAUCCCGGCUUCUACAGUUCAAAGUAGCGCGUGUAAUUUCAAUCGUGACCGUUCAUCUACGCAUCCUCUGCCAUUUUUCGCCGGCGAUGAGUUGAAGCAGCCAUCGCAGGUGGUAGCCAAUGUUUCGAGUUCUCAGAGUCGUCGGUACGUUUAUGAAUCGAAACCUAACGUUAAUGACCAUGUUAGCUUGGAUCUACAUUUAUAAUGAUCAUUUCGUAACAACUUUCAUCCAUCUCCAUCACCCUUUUUAACAUCUCGGAUUUUACUAUUUUUCGGUAUGAUUUCAUAUUGUAAAUGAAAUAAUUUACCAUCUCUUCAUUAAUCUC